CACCUCCCCGUGCGCCCUGGUCCCCUCCCCGUGCGCUCUCUCCUCUCCCCCCCACCCCGUGCAGGUGUCGGUGCCUCCUUGCACGGCCGCUCUCGUCUCUCUGCCCGAGGCGCUCGGGUGGUUUCGGAGCCUUCUCCGCGCCGGGGAGCCCCGACCUCAGUGGCUGGUUCUCUCCCUCCGUCCGUCCAGGAUGACGGUGAAACUGGACUUCGAGGAGUGUCUGAAGGACUCUCCCCGGUUCAGGGCUGCCGUCGAGGGGGUGGAAUGUGAUGUCUUUGAGCUGGAGACUCGGCUGGAGAAGCUGCUGAAGCUCUGUGGGGCCAUGCUGGAUUCGGGGCGUCAGUACUGUGCCGCCAGCAAGGCCUUCGUCGGGGGGGUGCGCGACCUCUCCCAGCACGCCCAGGGGGACGCCAUGAUGAGCGAGUGCCUGGAAAAAUUCUCUGACAGCCUCAACCAAAUGAUUGACAACCAAGUGGAGCUUCUGGACAGCACCCAGCAGUCGUCCCGGCAACACAUCCAUACCCUGGUGAAAGAGGACGUGAAGCGGUUCAGGGAGGCGCGGAAGGAGUUCGAGCGGGGCAGCGAGGGGCUGGCCAGCGCCUUGCACCACAACGCCGAGGUGCCACGCCGGAAGCAGCACGACGCGGAGGAGGCUGCCCUGGCCCUGCAGGCCGCCCGCACCAGCGCCCGCGCCCGCGCCCUCGACUACGUCCUGCAGAUCAACGUGAUCCAGUCCAAGAAGAAAUUUGAGAUCCUCCAAUUUAUGCUGGCGCUGAUGGACGCCCAGGCCUGCUGCCUGGAGCAGGGGCACCGGCUGGCAGAGCAGCUGGAGAAAUACCGCCGGGAGCUGGGCGCCCAGCUGCAUCAGCUGGUCCUGGAGUCGGCGCGGGAGAAGCGGGACAUGGAGCAGAGACACGCCAUGAUCAAACAGAAGGACCUGUCCCAGGACGAGGCGGUGCUGGAGGGGCGCGGGGAGGCGCCGGACGGGGUGGUGAUGGAGGGGUACCUCUACAAACGAGCCAGCAACGCCUUCAAGACGUGGAGCAGGCGCUGGUUCUCCAUCCAGAGCAAUCAGCUGGUGUAUCAGAAACGGGCCAAGGACGCGCUGACGGUGGUGGUGGAAGAUCUGCGGCUCUGCACCGUCAAACCCUGCCCCGACCACGAGCGGCGCUUCUGCUUCGAAGUCGUCUCCCCCUCCAAGAGCUGCCUGCUGCAGGCCGACUCGGAGAGACACCAGCAGGCUUGGCUGACCGCCGUGCAGAACAGCAUCGCCUCGGCCUUCAGCGAGGGGCGGGCCGAGCCCCCCAGCCAGCACCCGGAGCGCCCGGCCUCGCUGGUGGGCGGCACCCUGGAGGCGUCGGGCCGGGGCCCGCGGGCGGGCGGGGACAGGCGGGUGCUGGACCAGGUGCAGCGGCUGGAGGGGAACGCGCAGUGCUGUGACUGCCGGGAGCCCGCGCCCGAGUGGGCCAGCAUCAACCUGGGCAUCACGCUGUGCAUCGAGUGCUCCGGCAUCCACCGGAGCCUGGGGGUCCAUUUCUCCAAGGUUCGCUCCCUGACGCUCGACUCCUGGGAGCCGGAGCUCGUCAAGCUGAUGUGCGAACUGGGGAAUGGAGCCCUGAACCGCAUUUACGAGGCGCGUGUGGACGAGAUGACCGUCAAGAGACCGCAACCCGGCUGCUCCCGGGCAGAGAAGGAGAGCUGGAUCCGGGCCAAAUACGUCGAGAAGAAAUUCAUCACCAAAUUGCCGGAGGCACGGCUGAGCCGAGGGGGCCGCCGUGGCCCCUCUGACCGGGACCGGCCCCCCCGGCCCCCUCUCAAGCCCAAACCAGGCAGCAUUGGCCGGGCUGCAGAGCUGGGGGAGGCCGGCUCCCCCCCUGAAGACCUGCGCAGCCUCCACCCGGGGGCGCUGCUCUACUGGGCCGCCGGCCACCAGAACCUGCCCACCAUGGCCGACGCCCUGGCGCACGGCGCUGACGUCAACUGGGUCAACACCGCCGAGGAGAGCCGGACCCCCCUGCUGCGGGCCGUGGCUGUGAACUCCCUGCUGGCCUGCGAGUUCCUGCUGCAGAACGGAGCCAACGUCAACCAGGCGGACAGCGCCGGGCGGGGGCCCCUGCACCACGCCACCAUCCUGGGCCACACCGGGCUGGCCUGCCUCUUCCUCAAGCGGGGGGCCAAUCUGAACGCGGUCGACAUGGAGGGGAAGGACCCGCUCUCCAUCGCCAUAGACACGGCCAACGCUGAUAUCGUCACCCUGCUGCGGCUGGCCAAGAUGCGGGAGGCGGAGGUCGCGCAGGGACAGUCAGGCGAUGAGACCUACCUCGACAUCUUCCGGGACUUCUCCCUGAUGGCGUCCGACAACCCCGAGAAGUUGACCCGCCGAGACCUGAAACUCACCACCCUUUAGCCCCCACCCGGGGGGGGCGCCGCCAAGCCACCAUCCCCUUAUGUAUGUGUGUGCAGGUGGGGGGGGGGGAAUCCCCUCCCCCACUCCUGGAUCCUCCCCCUUCCCUCGCUGGGAGGGGCGGCGAAGCAGCAGGGACUCCCCCCCACCCCUAUCCCUGGCUGCUUUGUUAAUGACCAUAAUCCCCCCUGCACCCCCGUUCUUCUGCUGCUUUGAUGUGACUCUUCGUUAGGGGGCGGUAGGGGGUAGGGGCCGAUCUCCUCUUCUGCCCCCCAUCACAGGCCCCCAGGUCACUCUCUCAUUGUAAGGCAGGGGCUUCUCCCUCCAUCCACCUCCAUUAUGGGGAGGGUCUUCUCCCUAGCCCCCCUUCUGGCCCCCAGGUCCCCCACCCCCCGUUUAUGGGGCAGGGGCUAAUCCCAUGUCCCCACCCUCCUAUUUAUUGUUUCUAUGGAACCAUCCUCCCUCUUCAUUGGUUUAACCCCCCCAUGUACAUGCAUGUGGCCCCCCUCCUCCGGUUGAGGUGUCUUCUGAGGGGGGGCGUCUUUGAAUGGAGGGGAAGGGGGAGCCCCCCACCAGGGGAGUAGCGGGAGCUCCGGGCAUCUGUACAAAGCUGGCCUGCAAUAAACAGACCAGGCUGGAAUAUCAA